AUGGCUCCAUGGAAUCUGUUCGUUCGAACACUUCUCCUCUGCGAGACCGCGAUCGUUAACCGGAUCCUUGCCAGUCCCGGCUUCCAUCGCGCAGUUGGGCGCAUUCACCGUCGCGUGGAGGACUACCGGUUUGGCCGCAACCCUCAUGAACCGCUGCGCCCGGGCGAGGCGACAGAGGAACCCAAUGUAACAAGAAGCGGUUUCUUGGGCCACUUUGUCGAUGAAUUAAAGAACCAGAUUCGCGGAACGCCGACAAACCCUCCCCCAUCAUCAGGACCUCCCUCGCGACCGAAGAGGUGA